GGGGUGGGGAAAGACACUCUGUUAUACAGCAUCUUCAGUGCUUCCUUCAGAGGGAGGCAGAGACACCUUGAAAGGCUGAGUAUAAGGACAUCUACCGAGUGUCUUUUUACAUAGACACCAGACUGGGGGGGGGAGGGAAAAGGAACAGGCUUGCAACCAUAACUCAGUUGGACUUGUAUCCAAGAAGUCAGAUGCAAUGGAUUGGCUCCCUCACCGAACAGCUGCUUUUCUUUUCCUCUUAUUGGUACUCCUGGAUUUCAGCACAGGAUUUCAUGUAGAGGUAAAAGAAUGGAAUGGAAAUGGAACGGCAAGAUGGAAAACUUUCAGAAGACAAAAACGUGAAUGGAUAAAAUUUGCUGCAGCCUGUAGAGAAGGAGAAGAUAAUUCUAAAAGGAAUCCAAUUGCCAGAAUUCGAUCAGACUGUGAAGAAAAUAAUCCAGUCACAUACAGCAUCUCUGGAGUUGGAAUUGAUCGUGCCCCUUAUGGAAUAUUUGUUGUUAACCCAAGAACAGGAGAAAUUAAUAUAACAUCAAUAGUGGACAGGGAAGUGACCCCAGUAUUUGUCAUACGCUGCUUUGCAAAACACUCAGUGACUGGUAUGGAUUUGGAACCACCUCUUGAACUUCGAGUCAGAGUUCUGGAUAUAAAUGAUAAUCCUCCUAUAUUUGCACAAUCGGUAUUUACAGGAUCUGUUGAAGAAUGCAGUAUGGACAACACGCUGGUGAUGAAAAUAAUUGCAUCAGAUGCCGAUGAACCAAAUCACUUGAACUCUAAAAUUGCCUUCAAGAUAGAGAGUCAGGAGCCUUCAGGCCAGCCAAUGUUUAUAUGAAUAAAUAUACUGGAGAACUCCAUCUAGCAAAUUAUCUUGACAGAGAGGUAUUAUUUCUAUUUCCCAAGUCAAAUAACACGAUGCUGUUGUGUAUCUCUAACAGUGAUAUGAUGCCAGGGCACAUGGGGGGGAAGGUAAGCAAGGUGGGAACAGCAUGGGGGAGGGGAGAGAGAGAAAAAGUGUGCCUUUUCCAAA